CAGAUCUCCUGUCUUGAUGCCGCCCUGCAGUGAAGAUGGCGGAGAGAAGAGACGGCUGUCUGAAGCCUACUAACAGAGAAAGCCUUUGAGUGCAUGCGGUCUGUAGAGCAUUUGUGUAGUUAGCACUGACAGAAGAUCUGGCUUUCCAUGAUGGACAGAGUUUAGAUGUGGUGAUCUUUUAAGCUGAAUGCAUUGUGAUUUCCAAUAAUUGAGACAGUGAUUUCUAAAAAGCUGUCUACAUUAAUGAAAAGAACAAUGUAGUCAGCUUAGCAUAUUCAACCAUUCACAUGAAUAUUAUUAAAUAGGUGUCUUGAGUUGUGUAAUGUGUUCAUGCAUGUGUUAGGGCUUUUUAGCUGAAUUAGACAGUUCCCUUCCCAAUUGCUUUCUCGUAUAAUUUUUAACAUAGCUUUUUUUUAAAGAAAUUUAACAUGGAUCUGAAUGAGAUUUUACCUCCCCUCCCAUUGGAGCCACCAGACGCAGUAUUUGCGGGGAAUGAUUACUGUAUAGCACCUCCACCACCUCCCCUGCAAACGUCCAGUGACGCAGAGGAAAUGGACGUUAGCUCUGGUGGUGAUGGACACCAACACACCCCAGCAGUGGACAGGGAUGAACAGCUUCUCCUCAACAAGCGCACAUUGUCCGUUAGUAGCUGCCUGUCAGAUAAUUCUGAGCCCAUGGCUAAGUGCCCUCGAACCGCUCGCCACGCUCCCCCAGUUACCAAGUUCUUACCUGAUCUAAAACUCCUCAAAGAUGUCAAGAUUAGUGUCAAUUUCUCUGACAGCAGCAAGAUCAAAGACAGGAAGGUGUUGUAUACUGGUUUGGGGCAGGUUAGGAAUGAAGAUCAGGGCCUAAAUGGCGAAUUGCAUGAUUCUUUAAAGCAGAGAAGUGUUCCGGGCAGCUCGAACAUGAGCUUGGGUUUAGCUAGAAACUGCAAAGAGCUGGAGAUAGAGCAGGAGAACAAGGUUGAGUUUGCCGUGCUGGACGACCUGGAAGAUUUCAGCGAGAACUUUGUGGAAGCAGAAGACGGAGAGCAGAGUGGUUUCAGGUCUCAGAUGAUAGCUCAGCAGGAGCACGCGCAAGAAGAGGACCUGAAUUACUGCUAUGAGGAGGACUUUGACAAUGAUGUAGAUGCCCUGCUGGAGGAAGGCAUGCCCAUGCCCAAGAAGAGGCGUCUGGCUGAAGACAAGUUCGCUGGAGACAGUGAUCACCAUUCGGAUGGGGAGUCCGGAGUUCAGCCCAUGAUGACCAAAAUUAAGACCGUUCUUAAGAGUCGUGGGCGUCCGCCAACUGAGCCGUUACCCGAUGGGUGGAUCAUGACAUUCCAUAACUCUGGCAUUCCAGUCUACCUCCACCGGGAAACCAGAGUUGUGACCUGGUCCAGACCAUACUUCCUUGGAACAGGAAGCAUUAGAAAACAUGACCCACCAACCAGUAGCAUUCCCUGCUUGCACUACAAGAAAAUGAAGGAACAUGAAGAUAGGGAACAGAAUGGAGAGGUGACUCCGACAGCAGAGGUGUCUCCUGCCAAAUCUGGAGAGGAGGGCGUCUCAUCAGAGAGAGCUGAUGAGCCUGACUCCACUGCCACAGAAGAGCUGACUGACAGACCAACAUUAGAAGAUCCAGAUCCUGACAUCAUGGAACCAGGAGGAUCCUCCGAGGGAAAGGAGAGCCAAGCCUGUGAUACUGCACAGGGAGCGCUGGGCCAGGUCAGAGCCAAGGUGGAGGUUUGCAAAGAUGAGUCUAUUGAAAUUGAAGAGUUUAGAAGCUACCUAGAGAAGUGCUUUGAUUUUGAGCAAGUGACAGUGAAGAAGUUUCGCACAUGGGCCGAGCGCAGACAGUUCAACAGGGACAUGAAGAGGAAGCAGGCUGAGUCUGAGAGGCCCAUCCUACCGGCCAAUCAGAAACUCAUCACACUGUCGGUACAAGACGCACCCACAAAGAAAGAGUUUGUAAUCAACCCCAAUGGGAAGUCAGAAGUGUGCAUUUUACAUGAGUAUAUGCAAAGAGUACUCAAAGUGCGACCAGUUUACAACUUUUUUGAAUGUGAAAACCCAAGUGAACCCUUCGGAGCCUCAGUCAUUAUAGAUGGUGUUACUUAUGGCACAGGAACAGCAAGUAGUAAAAAACUUGCCAAGAAUAAAGCUGCUCGAGCAACACUGGAGAUUCUCAUUCCUGAUUUUGUGAAGCAGACGUCAGAGGAGAAGCCCGCGGAGGGAGAUGAACUGGAGUAUUUUAAUCAUAUUAGUAUUGAAGAUUCAAGGGUGUACGAGCUGACAAACAAAGCAGGUUUACUCUCACCAUAUCAGAUCCUUCAUGAGUGCCUUAAGAGAAACCAUGGCAUGGGUGACACCAGCAUCAAGUUCGAGGUGAUUCCAGGAAAGAACCAGAAGAGUGAAUACGUCAUGACAUGUGGGAAGCACACUGUGCGCGGCUGGUGUAAAAAUAAGAGGGUUGGAAAACAGCUGGCGUCACAGAAGAUUCUCCAGAUGCUUCAUCCUCACGUCAAGAACUGGGGCUCACUGCUGCGCAUGUAUGGCAGAGAAAGCAACAAGAUGGUAAAAAAGGAGAACUCAGAUAAGAGUGUGAUUGAGCUUCAGCAGUAUGCCAAAAAGAACAAGCCAAACCUCCACAUCCUCAACAAACUACGAGAGGAGAUGAUGAAACUGGCUCAAGAAAGGGAGGUGGCAAGAAAGAAGCCGAAGAUGACUAUAAUGGAGUCUGCUCAACCUGGCAGUGAACCUUUGUGUACUGUUGACGUCUAGCAAACCCUCAUCCAGCAACUUGUGAUAGCAGAUAGCACUGACCAAUGGUAAUAGUUCUAUAACAAAAGGUCAUCGCAGCGUUACUGACUUAUGCAUUACUUUGCUGUGCAAAAUGGCAAUACUAGUUACAUUUCUAUCAGAUUUUUGAGCUCUAUUCCCAGUCCAAUUAUUGCCCAUAACGAAUGGGUUCAUUUAGAGUUGUAUACAUGCACAGGGAAGGUAGAGUGAGCAUUAAAUACCUCCAGAUGCACUUCUGCACCUGAAAAGUGCACAAAUAAUGAUGGCCGUUGACAAUGUCUAUAUGAAAAUCAUACAAAAUGUGUAUUAAGUAUUACAGAUGCUUUUAAGUUUGUGGCUUUUAGAUGUGAAUAAAAAUGUUGCUUUUCCCUUCUUAAACGGCAAAUUCAUUUCAUAUUUACUGUGCAACUACGGAUCUCGGUACUCUUUACUGAUGCGUUUUUCAGACAUUUUACAAGGAUUGGUUCCUUUGUCAGCUGUGGCAUGCAGAGUUGUUCAUUCAGUGCACGUGAUCUUUUAUCUGGAAAAUAGUUUAUAAUGACUUAAAGUGUGUGGGUUUUCUUUAGUGGCCAUGUCUAGUUCUUAUUGGCAUGUGACGCAUUUAAAUGUUGUAUUUCUAAAGCAUUUCAUAUGCACACUUACCUUCCAACUGCUGUUAAGAAAUGCACUAAUGUUGGAACUAUUUCCUUGUGUGUGUGAAAUGAACAAGCCGUUUGUUUUAAUUUCAAUUAAGGGGUGAUGCACACCAAUGGUCAACUUGACCAGUUGCUCUACUUGUUCAGAAAGCACAAGUGUUUGAGGUACUGUAGUUCGAUGAGGAAGACAUCAGGGAUAUAGAAUGCUUGUGUAUGCUCCUUUUUUGCAUCAGAUACUGGUUGGUAAUCUUCAUUAGGGUAGGGAAAAAAUGGUAAAUGUUGCCUUAGUUUGUUCCCCUUUCCUUGAUGGUACCUUGUGUUUCAAAAGGGAAACGCCUCUCUUAAAUCUGCAUUUGUGAUGCUAUAUGUUAGAUAUUUGAGGAGUGACGCUUGCUUUAUGCUUUGAUAUUUUAGAGAAAAUGCCUUCUAUGCAUGUGCUUUUUUGAGUUUGUCUUAAAUUCUGUAUGGUUUUGUGGACAUUUUGCUGAGGUGAUUGCUUGUUUGGUUCAGAUAUUAUCACGGUGUAUUAGUUUGAACCAUAUUAAUUAUUUCAGAAGGCAGUUUACCUAAAAACAGGUGGUGACUCCAUACCUCGAAGAAAAUCAGACCGUGUCGUUGUAUUCAAUAGCUUGAAGAGCAGUUUGAACCAAAGCUUUAAGUCUUAUGCAUUUUUAUAGAAUAUUGCUGCAUAGCUAUUCAUAAUAUAUCUAAACAUACAUGGAAUUGUUAAAUAAUAAAAAAGAUGCAAUAACUGCUGGAAUAAAAUGAUGGUCCCUGUUUGAAGAAAACCACCACUUCCCUAAAACUAUUACCGCUGGGUAUCGAUUCAGAUGUUCCAAUUUGUUUUUUUUUUUGCUAGCUCGAAUUCGAUUCGACUCAAUGAAUAUAGACUUAAUACAAAUCUUAUAUUUAUAAAAAAAAGAACAGUGAACAUAAGUUCACAAGUAGUUAAUUAAUAAAAAUAAAUUAAAUAUAUUAAACAUUUUAUUUUAGGUACACUUGGGUACAAUAAAACAGAACCCAACUCUUUAUUUCAAAUGCAUAAAAUGAAUAGACAGGAUUUUGAUGCAAGAUGAAAAAUGUAUGCUGAAAGUCAAAACGGUUGCAUGCAUUGACCAAACAGGAUCAGGUUAUUUUAUGUGUAAGAUAAAACAAACAAUCUCACAGCAUUAUCUGUAACGUGGAGUCUGCAGGCCUAUGAACAAUGUAGAAUAACUAAUACUGGCCUUUGGGUAAUAGAUAAAUAUGGGAAAAAAAUAAUUUGUGGCCUUUGAUAUAAUCGAUUUUGAAUCGACCAAAU